AUGUUGAGAACAAGGACCGUACUGGCUUCUGCCGUGGCUCUUUUGUUGAUAAGAUUGCUUCUGCAUCGCGUUUAUUUUCGCCGUGGAGGCAAGCUGGUACCCGGCAGCAUUGCGGUUAUCACCGGUGGUGGUUCUGGCAUUGGUCUGGAAUUCGCGCGCCUCUUUGCCAGGGCCGGUUGUCACGUUGUGCUUGUUGGUCGCAAUGUCGCAAACUUGCGUGCGGCACAGGCCUCGUGCUUGUCGCUGGGAGCCCCAACCGCCGAGUACGUCGUCGCCGACCUUGCCACAGUGGAGGGCACCACCAAAGUGGGGGAUGUUGUGCGGGAGAGGCAUGGGGCCCUCAGGUACUUGGUUCUCAACGCUGGGGCGGGUGCCAUUGCUGCUUUUUCAAGUGAUCCAAGUUUUACCGACAACUGUGAUAAGAUGAUGCAGAUUAAUUACUUUUCGAAUGUCCGUUUGCUUCAGCAGUUGUUACCACUGCUGGAAAACACAAACUCCGCGACAGCUCCGUCUAGGAUCAUUGUUUUGUCGUCUUUGGCGGGUGUGCUGCCCUCAAUAUAUCGCAGCGCAUAUACGGCAUCUAAGCAUGCUAUUCAGGGAUUCAUGAACGCAGUACGCGGGGAGACGGCGGUGUCAAUUACGUUGUGUUGCCCCGGCUACGUUGACACCGACUUUCAUCAACGGGCCCAACUCGCUGGAAACUUUGCUGCUAGCAACACACGUCGCGGUGUGCCGGCGCAGGUGUGUGCACAGGUCUGUCUGGACGGUGCGCUUCGUGGCGACAGUGAGGUGAUAACAACAGUUUCUGGUAAGCUUGGCUACAUCCUGCGACCCAUCUUCACGAAAUUCAUUGAUGCCCAGGUGAAGCGGGUCAGCCUUCACUCACUUCAAAGGUAG